AGCUCACGGGGCUCUAACCUGACGACGUUGCUAACACUGGCCCUAGCAAGAAGCAUGCUUCGCAGAAUCUACCACCGGAUCGGAAACGCGACCCACUGAGAAGAUCCGGCGAGAAACUCAGUGGGCUGUGUCUGUGGGUUAAUUUACUCGUCGAGCCCUUCGUCGAGUUUAAGGGUUCGACGAGGACGCUGACCGGUGCUUGAGGUACGUAAAAGCACCGUUCGGGAGGAUCCGUGAUGACGUGGGCUGUUAUACCCGAUAACUAUAGCAUAGCUCUCACCGGAGGGCCGAUCUAAUAAUUUUCAUAGCGAAGAAAAUCUUGUAACAAAUUGCACUGUCGCUUCGUUUACUAUACACGACACUCGUUUUCGGAAGACACGAUUGAAUCAGAGAAUUUUAAUUAAAAUAUAAUAAUUAGUAAUAGUUUUUUUUUGUGUUUCUGUUUUUCAAUACGUUCAGUUUUUCGCGGUAAAACAAAAAAAAAUCAUGCAGACAGCAAUUCCUUUGGCGUGUCUUUUAUCCGUCAUAAGACCACCAGGAGUGCAGUUCGAGAACUCUUUGCUGCAAAUAGCGCCCAUCGACAAGUCAAAGUGCCCCUUCGUGAAGAACACCAAUGAUGUUGGUUUCCAGCUAUACACUAGGCAUAACCCGACAGUCUACCAGGAGCUGGUCUACGGUGAUGACGAGAAGCUCUUUGCUUCGAAUAUAGACUUCAACGAUAAGACGGUUCUCUACUUCCACGCGUUCAUGGAGCAGCCCGACGACGGUAGCGGCAUCAUGAUCAGGGAAGCAUACGUCCAGCGAGGUGACACGAACGUCAUCAUGAUAGACGCUCAUCAUCUCGAAGCGGGACCGUGGUACGUCACGGCGGCCCAGAACACGUGGUACAUAGGACGCUUCGCGGCGCAGUUCAUCGACUUCCUCGUGACCAGGGGGCUGAAUCUAAACAGCACCCAUCUGAUAGGGCACAGCCUCGGGGCUCAGAGCGCCGGUGUCGCCGGUAGCUCAUUGAAAUCAGGUCGCGUGGCCAGAAUAACGGGCCUAGAUCCGGCGCUGCCGUUAUUCGAAGGCCUACCGAUAGACCAGCGUCUGGACGCAUCGGACGCCGAAUUCGUUGACGUUAUUCACACCGACGCCGGUAUUUUUGGAUACAAGGCGCCGAUCGGUCACGUGGACUUUUACCCGAACGGCGGCAUCAGUCCCCAGCCAGGAUGCGAGCUGGAAGCCGUCAUACCACAGCAGCUACUUCUGAACAAGUGUGAUGGUCCCCAAACCGACACGCGACCAAACACAGCACUCCUGACCUACGAUUUACUCACUGAAGAUCGCAGAGCACAAUCAAUCGAAGAUUACGCUCACAGUAAAACGAACAUGAACGCAGUACACGAAUCUAAAGACGUCAAUCCAAAUAACAUGAAGUUUGGAAAAGGAACUAUUCUGAAAAUAUCCAAGAGAGAAGCAGAUAAACAUUUAGCGAAAGAUACAGAAAUCGAUGAAGAAUCGACAGAUAAUAUCGUUACAACACCAAACAAAAUCGAUAUUGAGGAUUCGAGAAACAAACAUACCCAUAAACAAGCAGCAUUACCAUUAAGGAAGCUCAAUCCUAUUGCUAUUAUUCGAGGUGUAUACAAAAUGAAUCGAUACGUAAAUGAUAAUAUAAUCCAUAGAGAAAAACGAUUCCUACCCUCGUUCAAGAGACACGAGAAUAUUAACGCUUUUAGUCUUUUGGCUUUAUUGAGGAACCACCGAAACGUGUUGCCUGUCGUCUCGUUGGCUAGAGAGAUAAGCACCAUGAUCCGGAAUGGCCACACUGAACUGAGCCAUUUCAGUCGGGAGACGAAUAGUUAUAUAGGCGCGAAACCAGCGUUGUUUGGCACGCCUUUCUCAUAUAAUAUAGAGGCGAGCAAAGGUUCAGCGUUGAAUGGAUUCUUCAAGAAAUUUUUCGGUCUGGGUGGGGAUAGGUUAUCCGUAAGCAGCAGCGGAUGAGAACGCGUUUAAUUGGAACUAGUUUUACGGAUAGUCCGCUGUUUUCGUGGUCGUAUUUUGUUAGCUACCGUCAAAUUUUCUAUAUGAACGAAUUUUAUUUACAUUCAUCUUUUUCCUUUCACACAGAUACCUACUAGGUAAUAGUUGUUGCAAAAUACGAGCGCGCGUGAGCUUAUUUAUUUCUACGUUGCUAUUGUUCACGAAGUACGGUCAGCAUAUCAAAUCUUAAAAGUUAAAGAAAACGCAAUGUAAAUUAGUAGUUACUUUAACGAUCUUGUUUAUUUUUUACUAGCUGACCCGGCAGACUUCGUAGUGCCUCAAUCGAUAAAUAAAAGAUCAAAACUUUUGUAUAAAAUAAACUUAAAGCAAACAAAAGGAAUCCGUCCGACGGGGGACACAUCAAAAGAAAAACAAAAUUGGAAUUUUUAUUUAAUUCCGAGUAUUUUCAUAUUUAUCUACCUUUUAAACCUUCUCUGGACUUCCACAAAUAAUUCAAGACCAAACUUAGCCAAAUCGGUCCAGCCGUUCUCCAGUUUUAGCGAGACUAACGAACAGCAAUUCAUUUUUAUAUAUAUAGAUUCUGACAACUCCUAAUAAGUAAAUUAAAAAAUACUUAAAAUAUAAAAAUCCAUAGCAAGAAUUAACGAUUUUUUGUUUGCUGACCUUACGUGCUCUCGCCUACAUUGACGCGUAUACAGAUUGGUCACUCACACAACUAAGGGCGGCGCGUAGUCGUACAUUGCAAGAACUAUAACUAAAUAUAUUAUAAUAUAUAUUAUGUUAAGGUAUGGCCAUUUGUUUGACUUGAGUUUUGAUGUCGAGUAUUAGAUAAAUUGUUAAAAUAAUUUCUAUUGUGUAUAUGGCCCGCGAAAACCAAAGACAACACUGUUGAAUUCAAUUUUUUAUGUACAAAAAAAGUUAUUGCUUAACUUAAUUAAAUAUAAACUUAAAAAUAUUCCAAUUGUACGACCGAAAUCUUUCCUCUUCUGGAAAAUUGGGAGGGGUAUUUUCUUUAAAUAUGCUACGCAAUUUGGGUCCAAAAUAAACGCGGGUUUGGAGAAAUGCCGACAACGUCUGCUGCCGGUUACCGUCCUCGUCGAACUCGUCGCUUGCGACGAAGGGCUCGACGAGUAAAUUAACCCACAGACACAGCCCACUGAGUUUCUCGCCGGAUCUUCUCAGUGGGUCGCGUUUCCGAUCCGGUGGUAGAAUCUGCGAAACACGGCUCUUGCUAGGGCCAGCGUUAGCAACGUCGUAAGGUUUAAAAAAUAAGCCUAAGUUACUCCUUAUUCCAUCAGCUACCUAUCAGUGAAAGUCUCGUCAAAAUCGGUCCAGCCGUUCCAGAGAUUAGCCGGAACAAACAGACAGACACAAAAAUUGUAAAAAAUGUUACUUUGGUGUAUGUACCGUAUAUAAUAUAUUCAUAUGCAUGUAGUAAAACGCGGUUAUUUUAAUAUUACAAACAGACACUCCAAUUUUUUUGUAUAUGUAUAGAUAUUUUUUAAAUUUAAAUCCUCAAGUCGCUCAUCCUGUAAAGUUGCAAAAAUAUCGCUUAAGCCAAAUAGCCCUUGUGACCCGUCAAUAUGGUUGAUAUUCCACCAUAGUAAUUUUAGUCUUUAUUAUUAAAUUUAUUCGUAUUUCUGUGUGUUCAAGUGCCCGCGGCGUCUAUUAUGUGGCCACGCAACGGAAGUCGCCAUACUCUAUACAGUAAUAUAUAUAUUAUUAUAUACUACAUAUAUAUAAAUAAAUUUAUAAAUUUCAAAAGGAAAUCGUGUUUCAGUUCUUCACGCAAUACUUAGACGUAAGCAUAUUAAUUAAGCAAUAAAUAAUAUAUGAACAUAGCAACAGAAGAACGAGACGGUGUAGCCACGCGUCACAAGAUAGAUAUGUCCAUGGACUCCCGUAAUUAUUUUACUGGUGGUAGCACCAUGCCGUGAAGCAGUAAUGCGUUUCGAUUUGAAGGGUGGGGCAGCCGUUGUAACUAUACUGGGACCUUAGAACUUGUAUCUCAAGGUGGGUGGCGCAUUUACGCUGUAGAUGUCUAUGGGCUCCAGUGACCACUUAACACCAGGUGGGCUGUGAGUUCGUCCACCCAACUAAGCAAUAACAAAAUAAAAUACAACUAUUUAAGAUAAACAUUACAUAGGUGUGACACUUAUCGUUACAUUUUGAGUAAUUCACGCUAUAUCUUUAUAAAUUAUAGCCUAUGUGUUAUUCUGAUUAGUAAGCUAUAUUAUUGUAAAGUUUCAUCAAAAUCCAUUAAGUAAUUUUUGCGUGAACGAUUAACAAACAUACAUACAUACAUUCUUAAAAAGAGAUGUAUGGAGAGAUGUAUAAAAGGAGAUGUAUGGAAAUGGUAGUGCAAGGUAGAGGGGGAAGAGGUCGACCGAAGAAGACAUGGAUGGAGUGUGUGAAUGACGAUAUGAGAGAGAGAGGAGUGAGUGUUGAGAUGACGGCUGAUAGAAGAGAAUGGAAGAGAAAAAUUAGCUGUGCCGACCCCACCUAGUG